AUGUCCUCCGUCAAGCUUGGAGAUGCCGGUGACAUCUCAAUUUUGGACUUCGGUCCCUUCCUGGAUGGAACCAAUAAGCAGGCUGUGGCGGAUGCUGUAUUAGCUUCGUUCAGAGAGAUGGGAUUCGUAUACCUCGUCAACCAUGGUCUUCCUCAAGACAAGAUUGAUGGCAUGUUCGGAUGGGCGAAGAAGUUCUUCAAUUUACCCCUUGAGACCAAGCAAUUGGCCCCACACCCUCCCUCGGGCACUCAUCAUCGAGGGUACUCUGCGCCUGGGCUAGAGAAAGUGACACAGCAUGUUUAUGACGACGAAGAACUGAAGAGGAACCGGUCCCAAGCCCCCGAUGUUAAAGAAAGUUUUGAAAGCGGCCGGGAAGGUGAUCCGUACCAACCCAAUAUCUGGCUUCCAGACGAUCUACUUCCAGGCUUCAGAGAGGCUUGCCUAGACUUUUUCUGGACAUGUCGCGAAGUGGAAUUGUCCAUUCUGAGGGCGUUGGCUCUGGGAUUUCGAUUACCGGAAGAUUAUUUCGUCAAAUACCACACUGCCUCGGACAACCAGCUCCGGCUUCUCCACUACCCUAGCGUCCCUGUCGAGAGCCUGACAAAAGAACGAGUAACAAGGAUUGGGGCGCACUCUGACUUCGGUAGUAUAACCUUAUUAAUGCAAGACCAGGUGGGCGGCUUGGAAGUGGAGGAUGUCACUAAGCCAGGACAAUUCAAGCCGGCACCCCCAGUGGAGGGUUCCAUCAUCGUCAAUGCGGGCGACUUCCUCCAACGAUGGUCGAACGACAUCAUCCGAAGUACGGUGCAUCGCGUGCGCGCACCGCCUCACCUUACUACGAAAGAUGGAAUGACCCCGGAGCGAUAUUCCAUACCCUACGACAUGACAACGGUAGUCGACUGCAUACCGGGAACGUAUUCCGAGGAAAGGCCCAAACGCUACGAGCCAAUCUCUGCAGCUCAAUACAUCAUGAAGCGUCUAGCUGCCAGCUAUUGA